UUUCCCGACAAAAGUUUUAAGAGCUAUUUACUUAUUUAAAUUUUUGGUUUUACAUCAUAACUUAAAUUUUAGCAUGAGUAAUUGUAUCUAGUCUAUUUGAAUUUAAACAUUUUAGACUUGAGAAAAUAAUUAUUGACGAUGGAGGGAUGAAGAGAUGAUGGAUGGAGGGUUGAAGAGAUGAUGGAUAAAGAGAUAAUGGGUGGAGGAAUGAUAGACAUAGAGAUGAUGGAUGAAGAGAUGAUGGAUGAAGGGAUGAUUAAGAGAUGAUGAAUAAAGAGAUUAUGGGUGGAGAUGAUGGAUGGAAGGAUGAUGGAUGAAGAGAUGAUGGAUGGCAGGAUGAUGAUGAAGAGAUGAUGGAUGGAGGGAUAAUGGCUAGAUGGAUGAAGAAAUGAUGAAUGGAGAGGAAAUGGAUGGAGGGAUGAUGGAUGAAGAGAUGCUGGAUGUAAAGAUGAGACAUGGAGGGAUGAUGAUAAAGAGAUGAUGGAUGGAAGGAUGAUGAUGAAGAGAUGAUGGAUGGAGGGAUAAUGGCUAGAUGGAUGAAGAAAUUAUGAAUGGAGGGGAAAUGGAUGAAGAGAUGGUGGAUGGAGGGAUAAUGGCUAGAUGGAUGAAGAAAUGAUGAAUGGAGGGGAAAUGGAUGGAGGGAUGAUGUAUGAAGAGAUGCUGGAUGUAGGGAUGAUAGAUGGAGAGAUGGUGGAUCGAGGGAUGAUGGCUGAAUAAAUGAAGAAAUGAUGGAUGGAGGGAUGAUUGAUGAAGAGAUGAUGGAUAGGUGGAUGAGGGAUGAUGAAGAGAUGAUACAUGGAUGGGUGAUGAUGAAGAGAUGAUGGAUGGAGGGAUGAUGAGAUGAAGGAUGGAGGGAUGGUGGAUGACGAGACGAUGGAUGAAGAGAUGAUGGCUGGAUGAAUGAAGAAAUGAUGGAUGGAUGGAUGAAGAGAUGAUAGAUGGAGAGAUGGUGAUGAAGAGACGAUGGAUGGAGGGAUGGUGGGUGAUGGAUGUAAAGAUGAUAGCUGGAGGGAUGAUGAAGAUAUGAUUGAUGGCGAGAUGAUGGAUGGAAGGAUGAAGAGAUGAUGGAUGAAGAGAUUAUGGAUGGAGAGAUGGAAGGGUGGAAGGAGAAAGAGACAAUCACUGUCGGGGGGAGAUGACGUCAUCUCGGCCGGAACAGGGAAGGGCUCACCUACACUCACACAAACACACGCCCGCGUGCACGUGAAACGGGCACACGCGUAGCGAUUGUUUGGUCCGCGCCUUCGUUUGUCGAGCACGCGAGUUGUGUGUGUGUGUGCGUGUGUGCGCGUGUGCGCGUGUGUGCGUGUGUGUCCGCGCCUUUUUACGCCAUUCAUGGUCGCCUCCUCGGCAGCUUCCGGCGGGAAAUGGAAGACAUGGAAGUCUUCUUGUCGACCAACAUCGGGAGGAUCCUCGGCUUUGCUCUAGUGUUCCUGUGCAUCUCCGUGCUGGCACAGCCUGCAGAUGUCCAGUGCGAGAACGUCUACAAGGACUUCUCGGACUGCGUCCUGGAGCUGGGAGAGAGCAUGGACAACUACAAGGAGAACGUGACCAGUGAGACCGGAGUGGCGGCUGUGUGCAGCCACUGGGAAGCCUUCCACACGUGCGCCCUGACGGCAUUGUCGGACUGCCGGCAGGAGGUGAGCGCCAUCUGGGAGACGCUGAGGCAGGACGCCAGCAAGAUGCACUUCCAGGGGAACUUGUUCAACCUGUGCAGCCCCAGCUCCGCCCCCACCGCCGCCGCACCCGUGGCAGCGCUCACCCUGCCCCUCACCGCCAUGCUGCUCACCACCGGGCCCAGGUGGUGCCUCAUGUAGGUGUGGCGCCGGGGGUCGGGGUCCAGUCUUCCCGAGCACAUAGAGCCAAGGAACACAUAAAGGUCACAAAUCUCCUUACUAAUCGUGUCUUUCAAAAGCUAUUUUAUCAAAGGAAAUAUUCCAAAAUCGAGCAAUAGCAUCAAUAUGCUUCACUAUGCUAACUGCUAGUUAGCUUAGCUUUUAUGGCGGUUAUAACUUGUUUUGUUUUUUUACACUUUAACUACAUUAAAGUGCUAACAAAACUAACAUUUGAGAAGAUAAUUGUUACACUUCUCAUGAUGUUAACCUGGGCUAAAAAUUCAGUGUUAGUAUUUUUAACAAUUUUGUCACAUUUUAAUGUUGUUUUUACAUGGUUUGUUUCCACACACACACAUCCACAAAAAAUAUAUUUUAUUUAGUGACAAAUGGAAAAAUCGACAAAACUGAUGAAUAAAUGUAAAUAUAAACAUCAUGUUUGCGAGGCUAACUAGCCAAUUUUAGUAUUUUCAACACAUUUAGUCAAGGAAAUUAUGCCAAAUUUUAGUAGCAAAAUUUUACUUAGCAAAUAUUUGAGCUUAA